AUGCCAGCAACAACACAGCAGGCGGCACUACCACGCAGGCUGAAGGGCUCUGUGGGCACCGUUUACCAGGCCCUCGAUGGCGGGUUGGAUCAUUUUUUUUCCUCGCGUAAGGCGGGCGCGGAGGCGUCACGUCAGUGCCUCUCCUCCCUUUUUGCACUCGCCUCCUCGCUGCACACACCACGGCUCCCGUACUACAGCAAGUCGCUGGAGACGAGUCAGGCGCGACAUGUAACGGUGGAGCAGAUAUGGGGCCAGAUGAACAUGCUACUGCGGCCUGUCUUGCGUCGCUUGCAGGACAACGUGCGGCGUGCGCAGAAGACCGUGAAGGGUUCCUCCGCACCACAACAACGCAGCGCUAAGCGAGGACAGGCGAAGCGUCCACGCAACGACGCUGGUGAGUCUGAUGCUGUAGAGGAAGCUAGAGAUGUGCUCUCAACAAAGACCUCGGAGCUCAGUGAGAGCGACUUGGACGAGGAGAUUGCGGGGCUUCUCGCUGAGCAGCAGCAGCAGCAGCAGCGGCGGCGGCUGGCGAAACCGGUCAAGAAGAAUGGCCUCAACGGGGAUGACUUAUGGCGGUACGCUUUUGGAAAGGGUGACGGUGACGGUGACGAUGACGGUGACGCUGACGGUGAGGAUGAGAAGGACGAGGAGGAGGGGGAUGAGGACGACGAUAAUAACGGUAAUGCUGACGCACGCAUCCGGCUCAGGCACGCGCGGGCGAUGGUGGAGGCUGACGACGACGACGAAGCUGCUGAGGAGGAUGAUGAUCGGCGCGGCGACGAGGAGCUGGCGGCGCUGAAGGAAAUGUACGGCGGCGACUUUGUUCCAGACGAGGAGGACGUGAGCGACGAGGAGGACGGCGGCGACCCACACUUUGAGGAGGACCUCACGUGGGACGAUCCCACCGCCGCGUUCAACGAGAGCGACGGGAGGUACUUUGGAAACGACGACAUCCUUCUCGACGACGGGGUCCCGCUGCCGCCGCAGCAGCAGCUAGGGGAUGCGGACGGCGAGGACGACGAGAAUGACGCGGAUCUGAACGAUCCCAGUCUGACGGCACUGCAGCGGGAGCGGAAGCGGGAGCGGCGUUUGGUGGAGCGGCUGGAGCAGGAGCGGCUGUACAGCACGCAGUGGGCGAUGAGCGGCGAGGCAAGCGGGAACAGCCGCCCGCGUGACGCCUUGCUUGACGAGGAACUGGACUUUGAACACGCCAUGAAGGCGGUGCCUGUCAUCACGGAGGCAGUGACUGCCAAGCUAGAAGACCGCAUUCGCCGCCGCAUCCUUGACGCAAACUACGACGACGUGCAGCGCCGCACUUCACUUUCGACGCCGGCCGACUUAGUCACGACGCGCCGCAACGCAACGCUUGACUCGGAGAAGUCGCAGCUGUCGCUGAUGGACUUGUACGAGAAGGAGUACCUUGAGCGUGCGCGUGCGGCGGAGGAGGCGAGCGGGGACGCUGCGCAGACUGCGGAGCCGCUGACGGAGAUUGAGAAGGACGAGUUGCGGGCGAUUCAGAUGUGGCGGCGCCUCGCCCAGCACUUGGACGCUCUCAGCAACUUCUACUACACGCCGAAGCCCGUGCAGGAGGACUUGGCGGCCCGCGUGCGUGCAGUUGACGGCCAGGCCCCCGCCAUCACGCUGGAGACCGUUGGAAACUUUGCCACCACCCGCGAGGCUGCACUUGCGCCGCAGGACCUCUACCGCGGCGCCGACCGCAAGUACGCGGAUGUCGGCAGCAACGAAUUGCAGCCGCGUGAGAGGCGGGCGCUGCGCCGUGCAAAGAAGGAUCAGGCAAAGGCGGCAAGUGAGCGGAAGGAGCAACGUGUCAUGCAGUCAAAGAAGCAGAAGCGACACCCGCAAUAG